AUGAAGCGCAAGGACCGUACAGUGUCCAAGCGUCGCUCCAAGCCGACCCUGAGAGUCGCGACCGGCCAGAACGGCUAUGUGAGAGACGGAAUGAACUCCAACAUUGAAAUGCGCAAGAGGGACACCUCUAUCGAAUCGACAACGUCCGCACGAGCCUCCCGUAUUAUGUCCCGCCCCAGCUUCUCCUUAGACCACGACCCCCCGGUCACCCCGCAAACACCGGGUCUAACCACGACGAGUUUCUCGAACCUCCCACCAAGCGAUAAGAGAAACUUCUUGCUACUGUGCGUGUUAUACUUCCUUCAGGGAGUACCCAUGGGAUUAGCCACGGGAUCGGUCCCGUUCCUCCUCAAACCCUACCUGUCUUACGGCCAGAUCGGUGUCUUCUCCCUCGCUUCGUACCCCUACUCGCUCAAACUUUUAUGGAGCCCCAUUGUGGAUGCGGUCUGGAGUAGGAGGUUUGGUCGCCGCAAGAGCUGGAUCACCCCGGUCCAGGUGAUUGCCGGGUUGGCCAUGAUCUUUUUGGGCGGGCAGAUCGGUGAUAUGAUGGUGCAGGCGGGCGCUAACGGCGGCGCUGGGGUCUGGAACUUUACAUACUGGUGGUUCCUGCUGGUGUUUUUCUGCGCCACGCAGGACAUUGCGGUGGACGGAUGGGCCAUUACGCUCAUGUCGCCGCCGAACAUCUCCUAUGCCUCGACCGCCCAGACGGUCGGCUUGACAGCGGGCCAUUUCUUGUCGUACACGGUGUUCCUGGCAUUCAACUCGCAGGAUUUCGCCAAUCGCUGGUUCCGGGCCACCCCCGGAGAGGGGGGCCUACUUUCCUUGGGGACGUAUCUGACGUUCUGGGGCUGGGCGUACCUGGUCGUGACGACGUGUCUGGCUGUCAUGAAGAAGGAAGACAAAACCCAUGAGCGGGACAGUAUCUCGGAUGUGUAUAAGAGCAUGUGGAGCGUGCUCAAACUCAAGAACGUUCAGACCAUCAUUCUGGUGCACCUGAUCGCUAAGAUCGGAUUCCAGGCCAACGACGGCGUAACCAGUUUGAAGUUGUUGGACAAGGGCUUUGGACAAGACAACAUGGCCUUGGUCGUGCUGAUUGACUUCCCGUUCGAGAUUGGCCUGGGCUACUACGCUGGCAAAUGGUCGACCGAGUAUACUCCCAUGCGCCUAUGGUGUUGGGCGUUCAUGGGACGACUGGCGGCGGCGGUUCUGGCGCAGUUGACCGUUAUGAUUUAUCCGUCGGGAUCGGAAGUGCCGUUUUGGUAUAUGCUGACCGUGAUUGGGGAGCAUGUGUUGUCGACUUUUAUGAAUACGGUCAUGUUUGUGGCCGUGUCUGCAUUCCAUGCACGCAUCUCCGAUCCCGCGAUUGGAGGGACGUACAUGACCCUGCUGGCUACUGUCUCCAACCUGGGCGGCACAUUCCCACGCUACUUCAUCCUGAAGCUUGUGGACAUGUUCACGGAGGCGACGUGCACCCCUCCCAGCGUUCCUCCCGCGGCGGACCAGUUGAAGGGUGAACUGGUUACAGCGCCUUUCUCCUGUGCUCUGGAACCCGACAAGAACCGUUGCACAAAUGGCGGCGGCUCCUGCCACACCCUUCGGGAUGGAUAUUACACGACGAACAUUAUCUGUGUGUUGAUUGGCACCGUCACCUUUUUCAUGUUUAUCCGACCGGCCGUGCUGAAGCUGCAGGGACUUCCCCUGCGGGCGUGGCGGCUAUCCCCGAACAGCCGGCAAUAG